CACCCUCCUCUCUCCCGACCUUAUACAAAUCACCCCACGACCACCUGUAAUUAAUACGAGGAGGCCCCUCUAUUUCUACCCUGUCUCGUGUCGUGAACCCUUCCACGGGCAAACUCUUUCGUUUCUCCAGAAGUAAAAAAGGAAUAGCACAAUGUUUGCAAAGUCCGUGCUUUUUCGAAAUAUGCGCCACCGGAUUUUGAAGACACUUUUUAAAAUUAAUUGGCUCAAAGAGAGGAGUGAACUAUCUUGUUAUGUACGAUCUUUGCUACAACAAAAUGUACUUCGUUGCUAAAUAGUAUCGAUAUCCCCGCCGAGCUGUUGCGCGGAGCGAUGAGAGGGAAGGGGACCUCACUCCCCUGUCGCCCGUCACUCGCUCCCGUCUGUCUGCUGCGCGGGUAGUCUCGUCUGCUGUACGAUGCGAGGAGUGUCUGUCGUCUGCUGUGUGGAUAGGCUAUUGUCGUCUGCUGUCUCACGGAAUUGUACCCGAGGUUUCUCCCACCACACAUUUCGUUGGUAUGUGUGUGGAAAGGACGGUUGUUAGCUGGCAUUCACGAUUCUUUCCCCUGGUGUCCUAGUUGAGUGGUUGACUCGCCGUACUCUGGACACAAACUGUCUGGUCUGGUCUGACGUUGUGAGCUGUGAGGUCCUUCCUCGUACGCCGUGUUUCUCUGACACUCAUUGACACACUUGCUGAGGACAGAAGGACGCCUGUCUGUGUACGCAUCUGAUAGUUUCUAAACACGGAUAGACGUGUUCAUUGUUGGUGCUGCAGAGUUCAGCGUUGUCUACCAGGCGAAUCAGUCGUUGUUACAGACGAGUGAAGCGCCCCAGCACGCUCCCCCUCCCCUGUGUGUUCAACACUGACGUGCUUGCAUGACGGACGUUGUGGAAGAUAUUUGUGUCAGAGUCAGAGCUGUUGUCUCUGCCUACUUGUGAUUACCCCCUCCCACCAACACCCCUUGGCUGCCUCUGAGAUAGCCUAAUAGUGUUGAGAAGGGCGUUGAACCUGUAUCAUUUCACGCCCACCCCUUGGCGGCCUUUUAAAAUAACAUAAUUGUGUUGAUAGGGGAGUUGAAUCUAUACCAUUUCAUCAUUUUCACCACCACCAACCCAUUGCCACCUCUUGAUAUACCCUAAUAGUGUUGACAGGGGCGUUGACAGGAGCGUUGAACCCAUACCAUAUUCACCAUCACCCCUUGAGAAAAGUCUCUAGUAACCGCCCGUCCACACUGACCACACUGUCAGCUGAACACGAUUCCACUGACCACGCUCCCACCAUGGUAGAGCUCCUGUGUCUUCUGCGCGCCACCAGCACCUGGCACUUCCUGCUGGCCAUCUGUGUGAUUGACGUCACGUUCAUCCUGCUCCACAUCUCCCUGCCCGGCCCGCCGCCCUCCGGGGACGACUGGUACCACCCUCACCACCUCCAGCUACAACAACAGCAACAUCAGCAACAACAGCAGCGGAGGGAGGAGGAGAAGCUGGAGCAGGUGUUGCAGCUCCAGGCGCGCGUGAGUCGCGGCAUACAGGAGAACACGCGCCGGUUACAGGACUCUCUCAAGGCCGCGCGGCUCAGGACACGUGCGCUGGAGCUGAUCGGCCGGGGGGUAACCGACCUAGAGAGGCAGAUCAGUCGUUUGAAGGAGGAGGUCAGGGAUAGUGGAGAUUGACGUGACGUGACAUGACGUGAUGUCACACGUGGCCUUUCACACGCCACACGUGGCUUGCUUCAGGGGACUGUGGCUAGGGACGUCAUCGACCUGGAGAGGCAGAUCAGUCGUCUGAAGGAGGAGGUCAGUGACAGGGAGGACUGACGUGGCAUGACGUGAUGUCACACGUGGCUUGCCACAGGUCACCGCAACUGUUUUCGUCUGUUGGUGCCGCCCCCACACGCACUCUCUUCGCCACAACAGGCCUCCAUCUUCCCCGGUCUCUGCUUUGGUUAAUUUCUUCCAAAAGUGUGUUAUUUUAUCUCUUCAGAAAAGAGUUACGUCAAAGAGACUUGUUGGCCUUGAACUUUGAGCCGAACCAACCGAAGAAUACUUGGUCACAAGCAAGAUAUUUGUCGGUUGAAGAACAGAAGAAUUAGUUUAGAACAGUGGCGACUGUUGAACAGAAAAGUAAAACUCUCCUUUGGAUUGACUUUCAAGAACUGGGAUCGUUGUACCUGUAGGGUCAAAUAUUUUUCAGUUUUGAGGAGCAGGUCUGUCGGUGGAAGAAUGAGUUAAACGACCAUGAAGACUGCCAGCUGAACUCAAAAUAUUAUUCUGUGUGGACGAGAGAUUAUUUCUACCAGGAACGGCUUGUCUUUAAAAUACAUGCAGUUGGGGUCGAUAGACGGGAUAAUGUGUUCAUAAGAGCAGUGAAACGGUCAUGUUGUGCAUAAUUCUUUUUGUUGUCAACGGUCGAUUGAAGGGCUGAAUAGUAAAUGACAUUUGGACCAGAUUCGACAAAAGAGUUGGCGGUUUUGAGGAGCUGAACUGUAGUUGAGUUGGCUGAAGCGUGGAGUGAAGGGCUAUGUUGACAAAGUCAUAGAGGGGGCACAUGGCACU